UAUAUACAUAUAUAUAGUCUGUGAGGCACAAAUAAAAAAAUUAAAAAAAAAAAGAAAUUAGAAAAAUAGAAACAAAAAGUAUGUGCGUGAAAAUCAGUAAAUAUAAUACAAUUUUCUUUCAUAAAUUGUUUAAUGCUUAACAAUAGCAAUCGUAGCGGAUAAUAUUAGGAUACUACGUAGUACGUCCAAUAAAGCCCUUUAUAGGAACAGUGAUAUUUUGAAUAAAUUAAAUCAUGGGAAGUCCUGAGAGAGAGUUGUGCCCUCCACCAUCAGAAGAAGAUGAAUUAACAUUGCCUAGAGCGAGCAUAAAUAAAAUGAUCAAAGAGUUGGUCCCAUCAGUUCGUGUUGCUUUUGAGUCUCGUGAGCUAAUUCUCAAUUGUUGCACUGAAUUUAUCCAUCUUAUAAGUUCAGAGGCUAAUGAAGUUUGUAAUCAGAGUAAUAAAAAAACUAUAAAUGCUGAACAUGUACUUCAAGCACUGGAUAGACUUGGAUUUAGUGACUACACAGUUGAAGCUGAGGCAGUCCUAAAAGAUUGUAAAGCUGUUGCUGCUAAGAGAAGGAGGCAAAGCACACGGCUGGAGAACCUGGGCAUCCCUGAAGAGGAGUUGCUGAGACAACAGCAAGAAUUAUUUGCUAAAGCUAAAGAAGAACAGGCGAAACAUGAACAACAGCAAUGGUUACUGUUGCAACAACAAGGCCUCAUUGGUGUUGAAGGUGCUUCACAGCCGUAUGUGCCACCACCUUCGGGAGUCAAGCAAGAAGAUACUGAGGAUGACGAUUACUCAUAAGAACUCAUAGAUCAUUUACCAGUCAAAUGACAAUCAUUCAUCUUUUAUUUUAGUCAGUAAUAACAGUAACUAAAUAUGUAUAUAGGCUGUUUUGUAGAUCAGGCAGGUUGUUUUGCAGUACCUAACUAUAUUUAUAGCGUGCGUAUUAUAUGCAAUGUUGUGUCCAAAAUAACCUCAGAUUAAUUACAUAAGGACUAGUAUUUUAUCCAAAUUCACAAAUAAUAUUGUCUGUCAUUUUCUGAGGAAACAAGCUUAUAUUUAGUAUAUAUCUUAAGUUUUUGCCUGUUUUCUACGCCAUUUAACUACAUAAAAAGGAAUUUUUACGAUGCUGUUUAACCAACAAACCAAUAACAACUAUGAAACAUUGAUUCUAUAGCGACAGUUUAUAACUGCAUUAGAUCGUUGAUCAUAUACUUUGACAGAAAUAUAACGUCUAGCGAAGCAGGCCCUUAUUUAAUUAGUCUGAGCUAAAUGACAAAUAAACAAAUCAAAUACUUUGCUUUUCAAAGAUUGAAAAAAUCAGAUUUUUUAAAAGCAGUGUUCUAAAUUAUAUAGAACUAUUUUGUGUACCACU